CAUUCCCGGCCUCGCAGUCGUGGAUUUUACAGCAUUGCGAGCAGAUCCAAUCUAAGAGAUCCUAGAUCACAUGCAAAAUGUGGUGGAGCCGUAAAUUUGCCUCAAGGUCUCUCCGCCUCCACCGGCUCAAGAGCACCGGAAGCACUGCGCCCAGGGAACCUGAGCAAUCUCUAGGCAUCAUUGGAGUGCCCUUCGCAAAGGGGCAGGCCAAGCAGGGCGUGGAACUGGCGCCAGAUCUUCUCCGGCAGAGCAGUCUGCGUCAGGUGCUUCAGAGCAGUCAUGAUGGCCUGGUGAUACGGGACUACGGAAAUCUGCAGUACGCCGUAGACGAGCCCCUUCUCCAGCAGCAGCGUGUGCACUAUCACCACAUCCGAAACUACGCGGACUUCAUGGCCUGCAAUCGGGCACUGAUUGAACAGGUGAAACUCAUGCUCGUGGAGAACACGCAGUUUUUAGCCAUUGGUGGUGAUCAUGCGAUCGGCUUCGGAUCCGUGGCCGGGCACCUGCAACACACGCCGAAUUUGUCCCUGGUGUGGAUCGACGCACAUGCGGACAUCAAUCUGCAUAGCACCUCGCAGUCGGGCAACAUCCAUGGGAUGCCUGUAUCCUUUCUGUUGGAACAGCUCCGUAACACCUGGCAGCACGCUGGCCUCCAGGAAAUCGCGCCCAACUGCUUGCCCAAGGAUCAGCUGGUUUACAUCGGACUCCGGGACAUUGACCCCUACGAGGCGUUCAUCCUAAACAAAGUCGGAAUACGCUACUAUGCAAUGGAUACCAUCGACCGGGUGGGCGUGCCCAAGAUUAUCGAGAUGACGCUGGACGCCCUUAAUCCGCAGAACAAGAUCCACGUCAGCUUUGACAUCGACGCCUUGGACAGCAAUGUGGCGCCUAGCACUGGCACCGCGGUGCGCGGUGGCCUCACGCUCCGCGAGGGAAUCAGCAUCGUGGAGGCACUCCGGGACACCAAGCGGGUGCAGGGCGUCGAUCUGGUGGAGAUCAACCCAAAGCUAGGCAGCGAGCGCGACGUGCGCACCACUGUGGAGUCCGGCCUGGAGAUACUGAAGAGCAUGUUCGGUUACCGGCGUUCGGGGCGCUGGAGCAACAUCGAUACCGGAAUCCUUGGUAGCGAUUAAAGAAUGCAACACCCCCAGUUUUGAACUUAUUCAUAUUUAUGUACAGCAUUCGUGACAUAUUAGUGUGUGUUUUUUUUUCGUAUCUUAAUGAGAGAAUACAAUAUUUGCGU